AUGGCCACUCACGACCGUCCAGUCUUCCCGCCAGGCGACCACAAAGCAUACAUGAAGUACGCAGCCGAACAGGCACAGUUAUCCCCACCAUCACCGUCCAAGUUUUGCGUCGGCGCGGUCCUCGUCGAUGCCGACCGAAACGAGAUCAUCUCGACGGGCUACUCCGAAGAGCUGCCGCGGGAUCGCCCCGGCGACCCCGGCUCAACGCAUGCCGAGCAUUGCUGCUUCAUCAAGGUUGCCGACCGACACGGCGUCCACGACUUUGAUAUUGCCGAGGUUCUUCCGCGGAAUACGGUUCUCUACACCACCAUGGAACCGUGCAAUCAGAGGUUGAGUGGGAGCCGGACGUGCGUGGAGAGAAUCUUGGCGUUGGGAAACGCUAUCAAGGUUGUUUAUGUCGGUAUUCGGGAACCCGAUACGUUCAUCCAGUUGAAUGAGGGGAUCGUGCGGCUGGAGGAGGCUGGAAUCAAGGUUGAGAUGCUGGACAACGACAUCGAAUUACGGGAAUUCAUUCUCGACGUCACCUUUGCUGGCCACGUGAGGAGGAGCUGA